GCAAUUGUUCCCAGCAUCGUGUCCGCAGUCCUUUAUCUCUGCGAAACGACGCAACUCAUUGGUCCUUUCCAUUCCGUCGCACAAUGUCUCCACCUUUCUCCGCCUUUCUCCUUGAAGUCCAGCCAGGGCCGGGUGGUGACCUGCUGCGGCCCCAAGAUCGACUCUUGUCACUCCUGCCCGCGUCCUACCGCACCGAUACCGACGACAUUGUUGCCGCAGGUCGGGAUGUAUGUGCCUGCAUCGCGAAAGAACUCGAUUUGAAGAGGUUAGACAGGGUCCUCAGUUGGCUGUGGGUUGCCGGUCGCCCCAUGCCACCGCGUCCGCUGCACCGCCAGCUCCUCCUCUCCCGGGAGCUCUUCGUCACGGAGCAGAUGGACAUGCACCUGGUCUGGACAAGCGGCCGACUAUUUGUCAAACCAAUCCCGCGUUUUUUGCUCGACCCUGCUUUCUGGAUGGAGUAUCUCUGUUGCCAGUCGGGUUGCAGCUGUUCCGUUGCGAGCGAAUGCAAUCGGCCGGCCCUGCAGCGGCGUGCGCUCGGGUUCCUGUUCUCGUACGCCGCGCUCAUCUCACAUGAAAGUGACUUUUCUAUAGCACAGGACAAGCACUUGCUGCCGCCGGAGGUGACAUGGCUAGCAUGGAGGCACCUUGUCGAACAGCUGGACACUGAGCGCAUCUACUCUAAGGUUGAUGUUCGGUUCCACUACGGCGAGCUCCGCCUCUCCCGUCUGAACAAGAUAUAUCUCCUCUCGCAGCGCCCGUUCCUCCUUCAUCGCUACAUGUCACACUGGCAACAAUACUGGGCCUUUUUCCAAGACAACUUCGCUUGGCUGGCUUCCGCCACCAUCUACAUUACUAUCGCCCUCACCGCCAUGCAGGUCGGGCUGGCAACUAGGACGCUGGCUGACAACGACGCCUUCCAAUCCGUAUCCUAUGGCUUUACUGUCUUUUCCAUCCUAGGCCCCAUCGCCGCCGUGGGGCUUAUUGUGUUGGUGUUUUGUUACAUGUUUAUCCACAACUGGGCGGCAACGGUGGCGUAUGGAAAGAAAAGACAGCAGCACAUAGCUAGCAGCUCGGAGAGUCCAUGAUACUGCAA